AUGUCGUCCGUCAUGGGAAAGCAAAUGGCCUUGGGGAGCGCUGGGGGCGGCGUGCGCGCGCCUUUCGGAAGGAAAGAGGAGAGAGGAAGGCGCACACACGAUCCCAAGUGCGAGCAGCUCAUCAGUCCAGUCGCCAGCGAAGCCCAAGACGACGGAUGCGCGGGAGCCUUGUCGUUUUUACUGCUGCGUGAAACAGUCUUUAUCCUUAUCACUCUUCACAUCUCCGGCCAUGAAAACGCUCCUCCAACUCCUUCAGCUCCUCGGAGUGCUCAUCUGCAGCGGCCAAGGUACGAGCAAGCCUCUGCCGCGGCUCUGGGCUUACUUUGUGGACAAGUUGUUGUAGUGGAUCCCGGGGGCUAUCGGUGA